CACUUCUGUCGCCUGCUAGACGACAUAGCCGAAAGAUUCAAGCUAUUUAUACUUUUCCGGUGUAUAUUACCUACUGUGUUUUACACACACUUCUGUCGUAUCUACUUGUUAACCUAUUUAAUUUAAUAUUACGUUAUUUUGUAUUAGUCAGCUAUAGUAACUGGCUGGUUAAGUUAGCACUAGCCUAGUCGCUAAUGAUAGCUAGCUAACAUCCCCGACCAUGAGCUCCCUAAACUAUUCUCAUCCUGUUGAAGAAGAGGUCUGCUGGACGGAGAAAGAAACUCUGGGGUUGAACAUUGUCGUGAAAGAGGAGGAGGAUGUUACAGUAAAACAAGAAGUAGAGGGUGUUACAGUGAAACAAGAAGAGAAAGACGUUCCAGUGAAAGAAGAGGAAGAGGCGUUCAGGGUGAAAGAGGAGGAGUAUGUUACUGUGAAAGAAGAGGAGGAAGAGAAAGGGGAGGAUGUAGCUUUUGAAGUGAAGAAGGAAGGGGAGAUUACUGUCACAUUGAAAGAUGAAGAGGUGGAGAUAGGAGAUCUGAUUAACACCAGAGAGAGACGUGACUAUCGUGGAGCCUCUGGGGUGCCUCAACAACCUCAUGAUGCUGAAGAGGCAGAGAAGAGUCUCUCCACAUCAAAACACCUCAAGAAACAUCUGCGGAGAUCCACAUGGAAGAGAACUCACUGCUGCCCUGACUGUGGGAAGAGCUUCACCUCAUCAGGCAUUAAAAUUCAUCAGAGAAUCCACACAGGAGAGAAACCUUAUUGCUGUGAUCAAUGUGGGAAGAGUUUUACUACAUCUGGCUCUCUGACAGUGCACCAGAGAAUACACACAGGAGAGAAACCUUAUAGCUGUGGUCAAUGUGGGAAGAGUUUUACUCAGUCAAACAGCCUGAUAUCGCACCAGAGAAUACACACAGGAGAGAAACCCUAUAGCUGUGAUCAAUGUGGGAAGAGUUUUACUACAUCUGGCUCUCUUACUUUACACCAGAGAAUACACACAGGAGAGAAGUCUUAUAGCUGUGAUCAAUGUGGGAAAAGUUUUAUUCAAUCUAGCUAUCUGACAAUGCACCAGAGAAUACACACAGUAGAGAAAUCUUACAGCUGUGGUCAAUGUGGGAAGAGUUUUUGUCAAUCUAGAGAUCUGACAGUGCACCAGAGAACACACACAGGAGAGAAACCUUAUAGCUGUGGUCAAUGUGGGAAGAGUUUUAUUACAUCUAGCAUUCUGACUCGACACCAGAGAACACACACAGGAGAGAAACCUUAUAGCUGUGGUCAAUGUGGGAAGAGUUUUAUUACAUCUAGCAUUCUGACUCAACACCAGAGAACACACACAGGAGAAAAACCUUAUAGCUGUGGUCAAUGUGGGAAGUGUUUUGUUCGAUCUGGCCAUCUGACAAUACACCAGAGAACACACACAGGAGAAAAACCUUAUAGCUGUGGUAAAUGUGGGAAGAGUUUUGUUCGAUCUGACUAUCUGACAUUACACCAGAGAACACACACAGGUGAGAAAUCUUAUAGCUGUGACCAAUGUGGGAAGAGUUUUGCGACAUCUGGCUCUCUGACUUUACACCAGAGAAUACAAACAGGAGAGAAACCUCAUAGAUGUGAUCAGAGAUAAUCUGAUAAACGAUCUCUGAUCAAUUAUCAGAAAAUGUAUACAUGAAGGAGUUGUUUCAUGAUAUCAAUUAAUUAAUGUCACAAUGUAGAAGCCUAAACAUCACCCUGUUCUAUGGAUUUCAGCAUGAUAUAUAUUAGCCUCAGGGGGAAAUCCAGGCUCUGAAAUGGAAGAGUACUAUUUAUGUGAUUUAACAAAAAGUGACUAACAAAAAAGGAGUUCUCUAACUAGGGAUGUUCACAUUAUUCCCAGAUUCCGUGUGGUUUUUGAGCUGUUAGUUUUAACAGGACGUGCAACCUCAUCUCCCUCCUCUCUCCGCACCAUUGAUUUCGAGGUGAUAUCGUUGAGUGAUGACAAAUAAGUGUUGUGUUUCUUUGUUUUGCGACUCCUAAAUUUAAAUGCAUCACUCCAAAAUGUAGCUGACUGUCUUCUGCAGGUUGUCCUCUAACCAGUGAGGUAAAAUAUAUCUCCCAUUUCCAUGUGUUUUGUUUAGUUGUGUUAGUUUCAACAGUAGCACAACCUGAUUUCCCCCCUAAUCGAUAUCAGUGAUUUAUUGCUACUUGUCAAAACAACAGCGUAUUUGGUGCUUGUGUCCGUGGUGAGGACCACUUGGUUCCCGAUUGUCUCAAGGUUGGGCAGUCAAAAAUAUUUGUUUUGUGUUUAGCCAAUGCGUUGCCAUGGAUUAGAAUUUAUUUUGACCAUGUUUUUCCGUAUUGGAGAUUAGUUGUGUUUGGGCUUGUUCCAAGGGGACGAGAGUUCUAGAAGCUAGUGAUUUUUAGGAAGACGACAUGUAGGGAGAACUGAUUCAAAUAAAAAACAAGUUAUUUUUUCUUGUUUUUAAUUGUUGACAGCCAGUAGACACCAUGUUUAUAUUGUAGUUGAUUAUAAUGUGAAAUGGAAGUUGUUUUCUGUUGGUGGUGCGCAUUCUCUUAAGUGUUAUAGUCUUUAGUUUUUCCAUUUAUGUUUUGGGGUUGGACUUUAGCACGUAUAGCUCAUUAGCACGUAGGGCACACUGAUUUGUGUCAACUCGUUAGUCAGUAUGUGUUACACCUGUAAUGGCUUGUCCAUCUCGUGGUGUUUCAGGUUCUAUUUAAGAGUGUCUGGCCCAGUUCACCAGUUGUCUUGAUAGAUGUGGAGAGUCAACACCUUUAGUUGCUCCACCUUUUUGGUUUGCUUCCUGUCUUUUAAGUUUGGUGUGGGUUUUUCUUUUAUUUGCCUCUUCUUGGGCAGAUUUAGUGGGUCUCAUGGUGGGUGUCUUUUAUGUCCCAGUUGUUGUUACUAGUCAACUUUCAGUGGACACUGAGAGCAAAACUGCAACAUUAUGUUAUACUUUUAUUGGAUCAAAUGGUUAUUUUUUGCAACAGAAUAGAGGGUUCUUAGAACUAUAGUGUCUGUGUGUUCUACUGAGGAUGGGCCUCUGGGCGAUAACUGACAGGAGAUUUACAGUGUCUUUUGGGUGA